AUGUCGCCGAGUGCCGACAACUUGAAGCAAAAGUUCAAGGGCCUUGCUCAAUCCCAAAAGCCCACUGGCAACGCAACCUGCCCAGAACAUAUUCGCGAGGCAAAACGUGUUGAUGCUCUUAUCAAUGAGAAGGCUAACAAGUGUGCCUUGGGGAGUCUCUCCAGUGGAGAUGAAAGGAACGGUGUAGGCGCUGAUGUUCUUUCAAGCGAUGACGACGAUGUUGACGUGAAUGAAACCACUGGCGAGCUUGAGUCUGGUCAACCGGAAGGCGCCGGUACGCUGUUGUCUGGAUGGAGCCAAACUCAAUUGGCAAACCAGGAUUUGGGUGACUCUCCAAACCCGAGUCAAACCCAUUCAAUGCGCGGCCAAACAUAUCAAAGCCCUCUCGUUCAUCGGACCCACUCUCAGGCCAGCUCAGCUCGACCGUCCCCAAUGAUGAGUGUCAAUCGAAGAUCCAGAGGCCGACCUGGCGAUCAGUUGGAGAGCAGGCUGAAUAGCUUCCUCGAUAUGGAUGCCCGGAAGGAGCAGGAUCGCGAGCAAUCCCUUUCGUCUUUCUAUUCAGCCCAACUCAUGGAGGCAAACGCAACCAUCCGAGAUUUGCGAUCUGAGCUAGCUCGAGUGCGCGGUGGGAUUCAAUCGGAUGUCAUUCGGCUACAGGAGGAAAAGCACCGACUUGAACUCGAGAAUACAUCUUUGAAAUCAAAGAUUGAGGUUUUACAGCUCCGGGCCAAUAUGCAACCGAAUGCUGCCUGGGGUCAAAUGCAUCAUCCGCAUAUGUUCAAUCACGGAUUUGCAAUGCAAUCACUUCCAGUCUUUGCCACUCAUCAUCAUCAGCAGCCACCGACUGGUAUUAACCCACAACUUGCGAAUACGUCCGGUUUGAACAAUGCGCCUGGCGUGAACCAGCCACAACCGACCGGUUUGAACCUCCAGCACGCGGCUCCGACCAGCUUAAAUCAGCAACAACCUUCCAGCUUAACUCCAGACCAAGUCGGUUUUCAUCCUCAGCAGCAACCCCAAGGUCAACACCACUUCAGCGGCAUUAGCGAUGCCUUGGAGGCUGAUCCCAGUUUCCCUCAUCCUUGA